AUGAAAGGUGUAAUGCGAUUUGGGAAAAGAAGCAAGUUGAGCCCCAAGUUUAUAGGACCAUAUGAGAUACUAAAUCGAGUGGGAACGGUAGCUUAUCGUUUGGCACUUCCUCCUGAGUUGUCCUUUAUUCACCCAAUGUUUCAUGUCUCAAUGCUAAGAAAAUGUAUAUUAGAUUCAUCUCAGGUGAUUGAAGCACUGACUAUACCGCUCGAUGAGAAAUUGUCCUACGAGGAGGAGCCGAUGACUAUUGUUGAUAGGCAUGUAAGAAAGAUACAGUCAAAAGAAAUUGUGCUCGUUAAAGUCUUAUGGAGAAAUCAUACCGUUGAAGAAGCUACAUGA